AUGAAGAUCAAGUGCACCUACGAGAAUUGCUUCAAGCAUUUCUCGUCGAAAGAGGCUAUGAUUUCACACAAACGCAAAGAUCCAAACCACAGCUACUGCGCCCUCUGCGAUGUUGACUGCGACGAUGACAUGCUUCUAUUUAUCCAUCAACUUGGAAGCUCUGCUCACAUCUGUUGCCCGGUCUGUGCCCAAGAGUUCAAAAGCACUGGCGGCAGAGAUCGACAUGUGGAACAAAGCCAUCGAACUGCGCAAAAGCUUGAAUGCGCCGGCUGUCGCGCCCUGUUUAGCUCCGCAUCGGCCCUGAUGUACCACAUCGAGAAUGAUGAGUGCUCAGUCAUCCGACUGGAAGAUUUUCAGAUGCAACGCGCGGAAAAGCAAAUUCACAAAGAUGCUUGCGUGGCCAGUGGGGAACUCUUCAGCGCUCCCUCAUCCGUCCAGCAAGCUCCUACCGUCUUGAACACCAACAAUGGAACCGACCUCCUCGACAGCGCAGCUGUCCACAAUUCCAGCAGAUCUUUGAACAAUGCAUUGGGAGGUCCCAUUUCGCCGGCAUCACACGACCAAUUCCCUCCACUCGCCACUGCUGCAUCCCACCCCAGACCAAACGAACAGCCUUCACGAGAGAAAUCUGUCCUCAGUAACAAGUCCCAAGACACAGCAAGCAAUCUGAUUAAUUUCAGCAACGUCGAGAACAACAUGGCCGGAUUGCAAAUUGGCCACAAUGCUUGGAACACGUGGGCACAACAUGGAGAGUCACAAGAAGGCCAUGGCUAUGUCAAAGGUUGGCUCGCCUCGGUGAACAGCUCUACCAAACCUCCAUCAGCAAACAACAGCGAGGUAGCUUCCAUGUACGACAAAAAGGUUGCUGCCUCCGUGGUCUCUGAGAACAUGCCGCCCAGCGUUCGACCUCCUGGCGAAACCUCAUCGUCGGUUCAUAGACACAUCAUCAACAUGCCAGCACACUCCAUCAUCUCGAGCAGCGCUCCACUAGAUAUUGAACGAUUCUGGGAUGCUCUCCAUCAGCAGUACAUGUGUCCCGGAGAAAGAUGCCGUCGACAAUUCAGUAACGCCGAGCAGUUCAAGCAACACUUGCUCACGUCGGCUCACGUGGGUGGGCAAGUCGUCUGCCCGUCUUGCUUGAAGCGAUUUGCAACUACAUUUGCCUGGGUGGCCCAUGUUGAAUCGCCCAGUAAGAGAUGCGACAUCCGCAACAGCAUCAAUCUCAACCUUGUGAUCCGUGAAAUCACCGGUGGCGUUUUGGGAACUCAGGGACACAUGGGAGACGGCACAGUGCAGUAUAUUGCGCCAAAGAUUGAGGAGUGGUAG